GGCACUCAGUGCGCCUGCGCGGCUUUACAGGAAGUGUUAACAUUUUGUUGAACCAGCUGAUAGCCAAAUUGUCAACAGUUAAACCUGCGGUAACUGUGCCGCUGAAACGACGGUAUUUACGACAGAACCAGGAGAGGUCAAGGCAUCAUCAGUGAGACUCGGCCACAGUCAGGUUUUUGAGGCUGCACAGAGGUGACCGAUAAUCCCAGAAGCAGCUGUCUUGGCUCCAGGGAGGAGGCCCAGCCGCCCUGCUGUCGGUCGGUAUGAGCUCCAGAGGGGGCGGCGGCCGCUCCAACGGCACAUUACCACAAACCAAGAUCUGCCAGUUCAAGCUGGUGCUGCUGGGCGACAUGGCCGUGGGCAAGUCCAGCCUGGUGCUGCGAUUCGUCAAAGGACAGUUUGAUGAGUUCCAGGAGACGACCAUCGGAGCUGCCUUCCUGGCUCAGUCAGUGUGUCUAGAUGACACCACAGUGAAGUUUGAGAUCUGGGACACUGCAGGACAGGAGCGAUACCACAGCCUGGCUCCGAUGUACUACCGAGGAGCUCAGGCCGCCAUUGUCGUCUUUGACAUCACUAAACCGGAGACGUUUGAGAGAGCCAAGGCCUGGGUGAAGGAGCUGCAGAGGCAGGCCAGUCCUAACAUUGUUAUCGCCCUGGCUGGAAACAAGGCCGACCUGGCAGAGAAGAGGCUGGUAGAGUACGAGGAAGCCCAGACGUACGCUGAAGACACCGGCCUGCUCUUCAUGGAGACAUCUGCCAAGACAGCCAUGAACGUCAAUGAGCUCUUCCUGGCCAUUGCAAAAAAGAUGCCAAAAACAGACACCCAGAACCCGACACAUGCAGCGCGACAUCGGGGCGUGAACCUCCAGGACCCCGACGCCCACUCGACCCGAGCCUGCUGCGGUGGGAACUAGACGUCCACGAUCCCCACCUGUACUCCACCAUCCACACCACCACAGCCCUUCAAUCAUCUCGUCUCCUUCAACCAACGAACGGGGGGUGAGCCUGAUGCAGCCCCUCUGCCCUGCAUUCAUCCUCCUGUCUGAGCAGACGGAAAAUACAGAGGAGAGAAUCUCGAGAAAGAAAGAGAUGGAGGCACGAUGUUUCACACCCGUGUCUGCUGACAACAACUCAGAUCCUGCAUGUGGAGGUAAAGUGAAGACUGAGAUUUGAGAGGAGGAUUAUACAGAAUGUGGAAGACAGUGUUGUAGUAUUUAGCACUAAUUGUGAAAUUUCUUUGGUUUUCACUCUGCCUUGCAUCAUUUCAGCCCUGAUUGCGUAAAAAGGCACAAACUGAGCAGCACAUGCCAGUGAGAGUCCGGAAAAGCCAAUCACUUAGGCUGCUUCCUUCUCCUGCUUGCUUUGCCUCCUCGUAGCUCCAAAUCGAUCAAAUCCUGCUGUGAAUAACGCCACUUGUUGAACCCCCGGAAUGAUUUGAAACCCCUAUUUUUCCUGCCUGACCAGAUACGACCCACCAUGGCACAGUCUAUCCAGCAAACUCCAAUAUCUAUCGCCCACUUUUUGAAUUUCUCUUGACGCUGGCUGUGAUGCUUCUUUAGUUCAGAUAGAAACUCCAACUUGAUAUUUGAAGCAAAUGUUUAAACUGGUUUUACGUUGUUUUCAUUGAUAAAUUUGGCCUGAUGAAAGUGUGUGAGUGUUAAAACAGGAGGCAACAAUAUAGGCGUGAUUUGGGGUGUGUGAUUAUAAUACGAAUUGUGAUCAAAAAGUUCACACUGCACGAAUAAAAAUACAAGAACCAUACCUGAUUUAAAUUUAGACACCGCCAUUGCUGUAGUAGUGUUCUUGUGCAGUGAUGCUCUGCUCCCAGUGCUCCUGCAAUAAGUGUGAGGCUCCCUGAAAGUUCUGUUUUGUAAAUAUGUGAAGCACCACAGAUAGAAAGUCAAAGUCAGUUUGUGAAGUAAACAUUUAAACUAGUUUUACCUUCUUUCUCAUUGAUUAAAUUGACCCGACAGAUUUUCAUGAAAGUUUGAGGUGCUGUGUGUGAGUGCUACAAAGGACGCAACACUAUACACUUGAUAUAGCGUGAGUGUGACCAAACAGUUGGGAGAAUGGAUUUAAAUUUGGCUGCCAUCCCCAUCAAAAUAGUGUUCUUCUGCAGUGAUACUCUGCUCCUAGUACUCCUGCAAUGCUUGUCAACACUCCCUGGAAGUCCUGUUCUAAUAGCAAGUCGAGCACCAUCUGCAGUGAGCACUGAAUGUCAAAACGCAAUUUGAAUUUCAUUUCAGUAGAGAUGAAGAAGUCGCAGGGAGUUAAAUCUGGUGAGUAGGGCGGAUGGAGUGCAAUGAUUGUGAGGUUGUGGUCAAAAAACUCCAUGAUCGUGCCACAGUUUAGGUUGUUGGUGGCGAAUGUUGCCUCAGGAUGUUCCAGUAGAACUCUGUGUCGACAGUCUAGUUUUUGGGGGACAAAUUCACUGUGUAAAACCAUGCAAAUAUUGGAAAAAAAAAGCACGUAAUUCUGUCUUGUUCUAACUUAGAAACUGCAGCUCUUCCGCUGUGAAAACUGCUGUUUCUUCUCUUGAUGGUAACUGCAGACCCGCCUCUAGUCACAAUAAUGAUCCUCCACUUAAAGGUUGGAUAAUGUCGGUUACUAAAUGAGAUCUUUGCUCUGUGUGAAAGUUUAACUCCAUGGUGAAAUCAGUACACCUGUAACAUAGAUGUAAACAAUGUAACUCAGUCUCCUAACUCAUGCUCUUAGAACAGUAUUGGAACUUUUCGAUCACACCUCGUAUUGCCAUGUAUGAAACCAUUGUAGUUCAUUUCAUAUCUGUAGCAGAGAACACGUCCCUUAAACCCAAAGAGAGCAUUCACUAUGUCCCCCUUUGGAGUAUAUAUCUUUUUCUGAUGGCAAAAGUUAGUGAUGUUGUUGAUUUAAUGCUGGAGCUGUAGGUGAAUAUGUUGGAGGUGAGUGUGGAGGAACUUGAUGUUAAAACUGCAUCGCCCAGUUUUUAUACAGCUGCCUUUAUCUGGGUCCAGCCGUCGUAAAGGAAUUAUCUCUUCGUGUCUCUACAUUAUCUCACCUGCUCUUUGCCCAACAUUUAAACCAGUUCAGUCUGUUUACUAGCUGAAAAGCCUUUCAAGGACCAGUUGUAAUUCAGUUUCCCACCUGCCAGAAAAUGAUCACUGUGAUUAAAAUGUCAUUAGCCUUCUGAAUUCAGAACCAGUUUCUGGGCAUUUUUGUUCCUGUUUUAGUUUUAGUUCACUGUGGUUUUAUUUUUUACCGCAAUAUAAAGUCCUGCACCUCUAUGGAAUCAAUUCGAUUAUGUAUUUUGCAAAAAUUUGAAAAAACCCCCAACUGGAAUUCAAUGUACAUCAUUUUUCAAAGUGUCCACAGGUGUUACUAACACUGGAAAAAAAUAGUUGCUCCAUAUAAUACAGAUGUUUAAUUAGUUUUUCAUUCUUACAACCACUACCUUUUCUACUUCUACUGCACAUCAGCUCUACAAAGUAGUUUCACCGUUUGUAGAACAUGCUUUGUGUUAGUGUCCUUAGCUCAGAAUUUUUUUAUUUUAUUUUUUACAGAAUGUGGUAUAAAGUUGUUUUUUUUUAGCCAAUCUGAAAAAGAGACGUGAAGAUAAGAGAGAUUCCCCGAUUUUUAUGCUUACAUUUUGUUAAAUUUCCCGACAGAAGUGCACAUCAAACAUGAUUAGUUAAAGCGAUGCCGAGAAGAAAGUUAAAAAUCUGAAUAUUCAGUUUGUUUUCACAGUUUCUGAUGUAGUUCUUGCAAUUAAAAAAAAAAAAAAAAGAAAACAUGUCUUUCAAAGAUUCAGGUUGGUUCUAGGGGUCAGAGGAUUAAUGCAUUAAAAUAACUGGACUUCAUUAAUGAGCGUUUUGUUUUAAAGCUCAUAGGGUAUUAGCAAAACAGCUGAUUCCUUUAUUUUAUGUACAGAACCCAUUUUCCAUACACGUUAGUUACAGUCUAGUUUUCAAAUAUGAAACCAAACACAGAGUAUUAACGUCAGAAGCAAUCAUUUGUCAUAACUCUAAACGUUCAUUUCUUGGGUCAAAAUAAUUCAGUUAAAAGAAAGUUCCUAAUCACAAACCUUUGCUAUCACCAGGAACAUUAAUGUUGCACAUUACGACAGUCUGACCCGAUAAAAGCAGCUGUAAAUAGUGAAGUAAGUUUUGGCUCGACGCGGUUUGAUUGAUGAACAAGGUCAGAAUGAAAAGAAGCAAACAUGAGGUUUGUGAUAAACUCGGCUCCCAGUAGAAUCCCAUCGUGUGUUUAACGUCUCCUCCAUCUGUCCUGAGGUCGAGUCGUCGGUGAAAUUAGAUGAUUUUACGGAUUUGUGUGCUCUUAAAACAGAGUUGUGUGUGUGUGUGUGUGCUUGGUGGCUGAAGAAAAUGAGUUUAAAAUUAAUGAAAACACAAAAAAGUCAUGAAAAAAACAGAAGUGCCUACUCCCAGUUUUCUCUCUGUGAAUCUUGUUCGGGGCUUUCUUUAAAGUGUGUGCUUCAAAAUGCAGGAACACCUUCUCCCUGACAUCGGCUUGUACCAUAAACCCAAUAACUCCCGUCGUUAGGCUAAACUGUAUCGGCUCUUUGUAUGGAUGUAAAGAGAUCUUGUCGAAUACACUGUAUGUUACAUAUUGUCUUAAUUUUAAUGAAAGUGUACGUUGAUUUUAGCAGAGCACACUUGUAAACCUGGAAUGGAUCGUUUAACGGACUCUAAUCAAUGUUAUAAAUCUGUUUGAUUUCAACAAA